AUGGUGUCCUCGACCGUCAUAUCAUGGUUGCUAACAAGCCUCCUCAUCCAAGGCUGCUCCUCGGCAGCCAUAUCUCCCUGCAGCGCACGCGAUCGUCCGUACUCGGCAUGGAUGGCCGAUAGUGUCAUCGCGCGCGGACAGGCCAUCGCGCCUCCGGGCGAAACCGAAUCGUCGAUCUUCCUGCAGAUUGGGUUCUUUCAGACUGCGAUCCUGCGACUGCUUGAUCACCCUGGCACUGCUGCCCCUUCGUGCCAAAUCGAUCGCUGGGAGCAGUAUCUGACGAACAGCACGGCAAGCAUUGCCUCGCGUCUUGGGAAUGCGACUCAAGAUACGCAUUUUCCGCUUGAUCGACUGUCGACGUUUCGCGGUCUUUUGCAUAGCUAUGAAAAAACCAACAACACAGUCGACAAGAAGGCUCUCGAUGCUCUCAGACGGUCAAUCGAUCUCCAACCGACCAAUAAAUUCGGCGGCCUGUGGUACUUCACCUACCCCAACUGGAGCUACCUCGACGGAAUGUACUCUCUUAUCCCGUUCUCCUGGCUAUACGCCACACGCUUCAACCCGACCAGCACUAGCGCCGUCAUCGACGAAAGCAUCCACCAGCUGGACCUCCUCUGGCAGCAUUGCCACCAGAACAGCACCGGGCUUCUAGUCCACGGAUACGACGGCUCUCAGACGGCUGUAUGGGCUAGUUCGUUCACCGGUGCGAGCCCCAUCGCCUGGGACCGCUCCUUGGCGUGGUACUUCAUGACCCUGGUGGAUAUGCUGGAGCUGCUGAGCUUGCAAAGCCCAGGAGCCGCAGAGGAGCGAUACGCGGGGUAUCUUCAAGGCAGAUUCGCCGCCCUAGCCAAGGCAGUGCUUGCUGUCGCUGAUGCCGACUCGGGUUGCUGGUGGCAGGUCAUGACGGCGCCUCGCGAGGAGGGGAAUUAUAUCGAAUCGAGUGGAUCGGCUAUGUUCACGUAUGCGCUGCUCAAAGGGGCAAGGCUUGGGUUUCUUGAUUUGGAGGAUCCUGCCGCGUCGGAGAUAGUCGAGUCGGCGAGCAAGUGCUAUAGGCAUCUGGUGACCGAAUUUGUGGCAGAGGAGGGCGAUGGGACACUUGGAUAUAAUGGUACUGUUUCUGUGUGCAGUUUGAACUCGUCUGCCACUUAUGAGUAUUAUGUCAACCAGCCCUUGUUGUAUAAUAGCGUGCAUGGUUCUGCAGCAUUUGUGCUGGCGAGUCUGGAACAUGAGAUGUUGGCGAAUCCGGGGGAGUGAAGGCGAUGUAGCUAGAGAAUCUGAUGCUGAGGGUCUAACA